CCUGGCUGCUGCACAAUCUGAUCUCGUGAGACGCCUGCUUCCCCGCCCUUUCACCAUACACGAUACAUCUGCCGAGAAGCAUUUCUUGGACUUUUCUGGCGUCUCAUUACUCUUUUCCAUCUUCUUCAUUCUACAUACUAGACUCCGUCUUGCUGUCACCUGCAUCCGGCCUGCUCCGACACACACUCGCUGACAACCCCAGCCCCGAUCUCGCAGUCGUCAUGAUGCCUCUCCCUGGGCCUUCCACCAUGGCUGCCGACGCUUUGCAGGGCUUGCCGGUCCUAGAGGCCAUCUCAGGCAUUUUUGGAAGUAUCAGCAUGGUUGCCUGGAUCUUCGUUAUUCUACCACAACUCGUCACCAACUACAAGGCCAAGAGUGCCGACGGCCUCAGCAUGUCGUUUCUCGUCAUCUGGAUGCUUGGUGAUGUCACAAACUUGAUUGGCGCCAUCCUCACCCACCUUGCCCCGACCGCCAUCGUCAUCGCAUGCUAUUUUUGCUUCGCUGACUGUGCUCUGAUUGCACAGUGUGUUUACUACAAUACUAUCAACGCAAACAAAGCAGCGGCUGCUGCGGCUGCUGCUGCUGCUGCUGCCCACGACCAGGGUCCGAACGAAGAGUCGCCACUGCUCGCGACCAGCGAACAAUCAGCAAAGGAUAGCAAUGCGGUUGACGACAUGUUUGGUGGUCGUGCUUGGCUUCGAAACACGGCUGCUCUGCUCGCUGUCCAUCUUAUCGGCUUUGUAGGCUGGUUUGUGUCGGUCAAGGCCGGCGCCUGGGACGGCUCUGAACCCCAGCCGCCAACCACUCUCGACGACGGCCGAACUCUUGGUGAGGCUAUCGGCCUUAUCCUUGGAUAUGUCAGUGCUGUAUUCUAUCUUUGCGCUCGUAUCCCCCAAAUUAUCAAAAAUUUCCGAGACAAGUCUUGCGAAGGGCUCUCCUUGCUCUUUUUCAUGCUCUCACUUACCGGAAAUGGUACUUACGGCAUCAGUCUGUUGACCUACUCUCAGGAUCCCAAGUACCUGGUUAACUCCAUCCCUUGGCUGCUUGGCUCUGUCGGUACCAUGGUUGAGGAUUCCCUCAUUUUCCUGCAAUUCCACCUGUACGGCGAGAACUCCCGUGUUACUCAGUCUGUAGUGUAACAGUAACGUCGCAUUUUUUGGACAAGGUAGUCCGGUAGAGAGAGGAUAUGUGCCUGCCCUUCAGAUGGUAUAGAAGCGAAGAGGGUUGAUCUAUCAUUAUGGCGUUUUACGGAUUGAAUUUAGGGCUUAUUGCAUCGUGCCUGAUAGUAGUCUACGGGUCACGGCUCCUUCUGGUUACAACGGAUAUAGCAUAUAUUGGACGUAUUUCAUUUUC